GUGAUGUGUGUGUGUAAUUGUAGCGAAACAGACAAGAUUACCAAGAACAAAAAUGGAUGAUUUGCACGUUCUGAUCCCGCUACUGCUCCUGCUACCGCUCCGCAUGAAUUUCUUUUUGCUUGCAGUCUUUCUUUUGCCCUGAAGUCACGCCAUGGGUAGGCCAUCCACUCAUCAUUCGUUCAAAACCGAACUGAGAUUCGUCCAUUCUGCAAAACUUGUGAGGAGUCGUGCUUUCUUCCAUCCAUUCAACCACUCAAUCCUCCGCAGCCCUCCCAUUGGACACACACACACCUCAACCCCAACUCCAACGACGUCGAACGCGUCCGCGUCCAGCCGAGGUCCCCUUCCCCGCAUACCCCAUCCCAACCCGCAGAUCACACAACAAAACAUUCAUGCCUAAAACAUACACACGCCCAGCCAUCUACCAAUAAUCCUAAAGCAACACCCCCAAGUUAACAACCACAAGUCAACACCCCCCAACACCCCCAAAAAUGGCCACACCCAACUACACCUCCCUCAACAGCACCUGGCAAACAAUCCGCACCACGCCCCACCCCCCCGAACCCUCCAUAAUAAUCCUCACCCUCCACCGCCCCACCCACCACAACGCCUUCACAGACACAAUGCGCGCCGAGCUCGAAGAAGCAUACACGCUAUUCGACGCCGACGAGCGCGUGCGCUGCAUCGUGGUGACGGGGUCGGGGCGCAUGUUUUGCGCGGGUGCGGAUCUGGAUGUUGGGUUUAAUCAGGGGGAUGAGGAGGAGGGGGUGGGGGGGCAUCGCGAUGGAGGCGGCCGCGCCGUCCUCGCAAUCCACCACAGCCGCAAGCCGACCAUCGCCGCCAUCCAAGGCCCAGCCGUCGGCGUCGGGAUAACGCUAACCCUCCCCAUGGCGAUACGGAUCGCAUACCGGGACGCGAAAAUCGGGUUUGUAUUUGCGCGGCGCGGGAUCGUGAUGGAGGCCGCGUCGUCGUUUUUCCUGCCGCGCUUGAUUGGGUAUUCGCGCGCGGUGCAGGCGGUUACGACGGGGCGGGUGGGUAGGGCGGGGGAUAGGGUGUUUGAUGGGCUGUUUGCGGAGCUGUGUGAUACGCCCGAGGAGGUGCUGCCUAAGGCGUUGGAGGUGGCGGUGGAGGUUGUGCGGAAUACGAGUUCGGUUAGUACGUAUUUGAUGAGGGAGAUGAUGUGGAGGGAUGCGGGGAGUGCGGAGGGGCAGCAUUUGCUGGAUUCGAGGAUUAUUUAUGGGUUGUUUGGGUCGCCGGAUAAUAACGAGGGGGUCAAGUCGUUCAUGGAAAAGAGGCCGGCCGAGUUUACGGGUACGAUGGAGAACACAAAGGUAACUGGCUAUCCGUGGUGGGUGCCAAUUGACACGGGUGGAAGGGCAAAGGUGAACCCGGCAGGAGGGCCUAAACUUUGAAUAAGCGGGUCAAAAAUAUACAUAAUUGUGGAGGCCAAAGAUUGAAUCAUGACUUC